AUGCUCAACAGGCUCAAAAGCUUUUCUGAGGAUGUGGCUAAAAGUUUGAAUGAAUUGGCUGACGUGGAUGGACAGACUAAGGUUGAUUCGAAUACUCGGACACGAAAUUCAGUGAAUGAAUUGAAAGCAAAUGCUGAAGUUUUGAAGACGAAAACACCAGAUAGCAAGGAGCUAACUCAACCUGAAGAUGUAAGUGGCGAAACUGAGAUAGACCAGAAUAUCAAAGAAGCAGAUCAAGAUCAAAAAUUGGUCCUGGAAAUUAACUCCGAUGAAAACAUUGACAAGUUGCCUGCAAAAAUAAGAUCUAAGUUGAAGAAAUUUGCAAAGUACGAAGAGAAAUAUCCCAUUUUACUAGAAGCUUACAAGACCGAGAAGAAGAAGGGAGAGCUAAUUUCUCAGUUCGAGAGAGUUCUUCAAGAAAAUACACCUAUAUCAAGUAUAUCCGAUGCCGAUCUUUUAAUUGAGUAUAUUGAAGGACUUAACGAGAAAAACACGUUAGUUACUGCCGAAUUAAGAAAAUUCUCGAAACAGGCUAGUGAAUUGACUAGCAGGAACAAAGAAUUAGACGAAAAGGUCAAGAAAUUCGAAUCUGAGAUCCAGGGGUUAAAGGACCGAUCAGAUGCACAGAAUGAGCAGAAGGAUGCGUCUGUUGAAAAUGACCGCUUGAUUUUAAAAGAUUCCAAAGAAAAUGACGAAUCAAAUGACCAGCGAGAGGGCGGCAAUAGCCCUUCAAGUUCGGAGUCAGAUGAAACCGUUAGCAAACAUCAAGAUGAGAUAAAAAAACUCAAGGGAGACUUGGAUAAACGUAAGACUGAAAUCGAAACCUACAAAGAACAAGUAUCUGAUUACGAAAAGAAAAUUCAAAAAUUAGAAGAGGAGCAAAUAUCAGCGAAGGAGGAGUCAAGCUCGUUUCAAAAAAGAAUUCUGAAUGUUGAAGAACAAUUAGCAAAUGUAGAAUCUGAAAAGAAUCUUGUUCAAGAGAAACAUCGUAUCGAUGAUGACAAUGUCAAGAAAUCUGAAGCGGCAUUUAAGUCACGUAUCAAGAUUUUAGAGGAUGAGUUAGCCGAAUCUGAAUCGAAAUUAAAUGAUUUUGAAAAGCGAGCGAAAGAGAACAAAGUUGAUGUCACAAAUAUAGAAUCUUUAGUGACUAGAACCAAGGAAGAUGAAAAUAAAGGUGCCGAUCAAAAGAAAAAUUCAAAAGAAGAACUAGAGGAGGCUAAGGAAAAUCUAAGCUCACUCAAAGAAGAUCAUGAAAAAUUGCUCAAACAAUUAAGAGAUGUCAAAAAUGAGCUUGAACUUAAGGCUGAUGAUGUCGAAAAUUUGAGGGAUCUGUUAAGAGAAGUCGGAGAUGAUUUAGUUGAAACGAGAGAUAAGUUGAAAUCAGAAAGUGCAAGUGUAAAGGAUCUUCAGAAGCAGCUUUCAGACUCACUUAAAGCUAAAAAUGAUGUCGAAGAAUCUUUAAAUAGCUCUAAGGAGAAGUCUAAAAGAUUCUCAGAAUUACAGGAGCGAGCUUAUAAGCUUGAGAAGGAUUUAGAAGAAAAAAGUAACUUGUAUGAAUCCAUUAGAUUAGACCAUGAAUCUAAAAAGAACGAAUUGGACGAUGCUUUGACUUUGGUUGAAGAAAAGAAAGAAAUUGAGCGGAAAUUGAGGAAUGAUAUCAAUAGUAUCACAAGUCAAGAGAGCGAUCUGAAUGCGAAGUUAGAGGUAGCAUAUAGAGAAAUUGAAAGCUUAAAGGUUGAAAAAGAAGGCUUAAACAAACGCAUUAUUGAAAUAUCGAAGGUCAAAAGUAGCGAUGCCUCCUUAAAACUAGAAAUAGCUUCCUUAAAAUCAUCUUUGGCUCAUAAAGAUGAGUCGAUUCAAGAGUUGAAAGGUAAGAUUGAUAUUUUUGAGAAGAGUAAACUCAAUUUAGAGGAUUCUGUUUCAAAAUUGAAGAUCAUGAAUGACGAUCUUACAAACUCGAACAAGGCCUUGUUUAACGAAAAGAAUGCAUUGGUCACAAGGCAGGAGCUGUCAGUUAGUAACACAACUUAUUUGACUAAUGAGUUGAAAAAGCUCCAGUCGGAGCGUCAAAAGGUAGCCUCUGAGCUCGAAUCAUUACAAAAUCAACAUGAAUCUCUAUUGAGAGAAAAGGCUAAAGCUAAAGAUGACAUACAAUCAAAAACGCAACAGCUUGAUGAGCUUUCCAUGAAAUCAAAGGAAUCCACAUCUAGGAUCGAAGACUUAGAAGAUGAAUUGACAGAGGCAAGAAACUCUUUACAGGAACGAACCCGUGAAACAUUGACCAUUAAAAGACUUUUGGUUGACACUGAGGAGCAGCUUAAAAGUAAAGAUGCGGAGCAUAAGAAUGAAACUAAUAGGCUAACUGAAGAUAGAAUGGAAGCCGAAAAGCAGUCGCAAAUAAAUCUAAAGAAGAAACAAAGAGAAUUAGAUGAAAUUAAACUGAUUACAGAGAAUUAUUUGCUGAAAAUAGCAGAUCUUGAAAAAAAAUGCAAGGCAUUGAAAGAGCAGAUAGAGUUACUAGGAUCAAAGAGCAACAAGCAGAGGCUAGAAGCCACAGAAAAUGAAUCAGAAGAAGGUGUCCAAGAGAUAAUAGACACCUUGAGGGAAUCAUUACAGGCAUCCGUUAAAAAAGUGAAGGAAUAUGAGAAUAUGAACAAUGUCCUUAAAAAAUUAAACGAAGAAGCUAAUUUGAAGUUUGAGAGGUUAACCAAGAAUUAUAAAUUGCUUGGAAAUCUGUAUCGAAAGUUGAAAGCCGAGGAGGCUCCAUCUUCUGUCAAUACGUCAGAGGAAAAAUUGCACAAAUCUUCCAUGGAUGAAGCCCCUAAACCAGUAACAACUAACAUUGAUUAUAUGAAGAAUGUUCUUUUGGGAUUUUUUGAACAUAAGGACCAGAGAGAAACACUUCUUCCGGUGAUGAAAGACAUUUUUCAUUUCACGUCAGAUGAUGAAAAAAAGUUUAUGUUGGCACUAAAAUGA